ACGCACUUUUGAAAGACUACAACGCACGCGCGUAAAAGCAAAGUAAAAAAAAUCGCUCUUGGAUCAAACUGAAAAAUAACUUUCUUUCCCACCGACGACAUGUCCUGCAUUUUAACGUAAUUUUUUUUUUUUGAAAGUAAAACUUAUACUUAUAGUUUCGGGUGUCUGGGAUCACACACAGGGGGCUGGAGCCGCACUAAACAAGGUGUCAGAGGUGGUUCUGUCCAGUCAGAUGCAAGCAGUAGCCCCUCUGAGCAGGGUCACAUGUGUCAGCCCCAUCCAGCAUACCCUGUUGGACCACAGAGCCGGGUCCGUGAGAGGGCAGUUAGCUCGACGUGAGUCUGCCUCUCUCUGUUUCCUCAGCACAGUGACACAGGCCUGCCAUCAGUGUGAUUGUGGGUAAUCUCUCAGCAGCUUCCCCUGCCAGGCAGCUCUGGGUCCACGGGUUUCUCCUAAUAGACAAUGUGUUCGUAAAAAAUGAGGGAGUUUAGUGUCAAAAACCAAAACAAGGAUCUUUGAUGCUGGAAAAAAAUUAUUGUCUAAAACACUGUCAUUAUCCUGAGCAUUGUGCUUCAGAUUCUUGAUUAAAAAAACUAAACCAUCUUUAGAGUUAACUCCAGAAUGCAGAAAUAUUUUUUUUAAUUUCUGCAGUUGGGGGCUUUUACUGUAGAUGGGUAAAAACAUGCUUAGCUUAAAAUGAACACAAUUAGAGGAAAAUGUAACUUAUUAUGCACAUGCAUCCCUUCAUGACAAGAAACGUAAAAAUAUAUAAGCAUUCAUAAAAGAUGGUUCCUCUCAGGUUCUCUAUUUCAACAAGUACUGUGUAAGUGAACAUUACAUUAAGAACACUGUGAAUAUUAAUUAAUAUCCUGCUUCCAGUAACUUAGGCUAAAUUUACACCAAUUAGGUAAUCAUGUUUGUGUAAUGACAGUCAUUGUUUCAAAUUGAAAAGAUAAAGUGCAUUACAAAAUAAAACAAUAAAAGUAUCAUUAUUACUUACUUCUGUUAUUAAUGUACUCAUUCAAGUCUUAUGACCUUCUAAUACAAUCAGCCUGGAAACCACAAACGUCUUCCUGCGUCACUUAAACAAGCUAGGGUUCAGCUCCAAUCUUCAACCUUUGUGGAACAGUGAAGGUGCUGAUGAGAACUCCAUUCCCUCACUUAGUUCUCUCCUGGUGGCCCAGCAGUUGGCCUCAGCCAUGAGUGGCGUGAUGUCAGGAGGUGCGCCGAGUCUAAACCAGCCAAUCCUCAUCCCCUUUAAUGCAGGUGGGCACCUGGGGGGGCAGCAGGGUCUGGUCCUCUCUCUGCCUACAGCAGCCAAUAUCCAGGGACUGGUGGCUGCUGCAGCCGCUGGGGGCAUCAUGACUCUCCCUCUACAGAACCUGCAAGCUACCUCAUCGCUCAACUCCCAACUCCAGCAUCUUCAGCAUCUCCAACAAAUACAGCAGCACCACCAGCAACAACAGCAGCAGCAGCGAGAACGGGAGCACCGAGAGCGAGAGCAGCAGAGAGAGCGUGAGCAGCAGAGAGAGCGAGAGCAGCAGAGAGAGCGUGAGCGAGAGCAGCAGCGAGAACGUGAACGAGAACGAGAGCAACACUGUGGGUCAGCACACCUUCAGCCUCUCAAUCAGCUGCCAUCCCAUCAUCCACUGACUCCGCCAAUCAAGUUACAAGCCACAGGUUCUUCGACAGGAACCACCUCCUCUUGUAACUCCGCCAGUCUUGGUUUAGUUCAGCCUUCACAAUCUCCACCAUGUCAUAAGCAGAACCAAUCGCCAGCACACAGCCUCCCCUCACCAGUCACACCUCCUCUGCCACUGCAGCUCAAUCCACUAGCCAGCCAGGCAGCAGUCGCAGCAGCUACCAUGGGCUCUAUUACUGGAUCACAAGUGUUUGGGAAUGCUGCACUGCCGAGCCUGCAGGGUGUCACAGGCCAACUGGUCACCAAUGCACAGGGACAGAUAAUUGGUACAAUCCCACUGAUGCCAAACUCUGCAGGACCUUCCAACCAAACAGGAGGAGGAACUUCAUCUCUCCAGGUCCAGCCAAUCACGCCACAACUGCUGACCAAUGCACAAGGUCAGAUCAUUGCCACAGUGAUCGGAAACCAGAUCCUGCCUGUCAUCAACACACAGGGAAUCACACUAUCACCAAUCAAACCUGGACAGCAGCUCUCCCAGGCUGCCCAGACACAGCCACCUCCCCCUGUGUCACAGCCAGGCCUGCUGCGAAUGCCCCACAGCCAGAGUCCUCUCCGGCAAGCAUCUUCAUCCUCUUCGACCUCUUCUUCUUCAUCUUCAGCACUCAGCGUGGGGCAGCUGGUUAGCAACCCUCAAACUGCACAGAGUGAAGUGGAUGGUGUGAAUCUGGAGGAGAUCCGAGAAUUUGCCAAAGCGUUUAAAAUCCGUCGUCUGUCUCUCGGUCUGACGCAAACUCAGGUGGGCCAAGCUCUCAGUGCCACAGAGGGACCUGCCUACAGCCAGUCCGCCAUCUGCAGACACACCAUCCUGAGAAGCCACUUUUUCCUACCACAGGAAGCCCAAGAGAGCACUAUAGCUAGCAGUCUGACAGGCAAACUGAACCCUGGCCUUUUAUAUCCUGCCAGGUUUGAGAAGUUGGACAUCACGCCAAAAAGCGCCCAGAAGAUUAAGCCUGUGCUGGAGCGCUGGAUGGCCGAGGCAGAAGCCCGCCAUCGCUCGGGCAUGCAGAACCUGACAGAGUUUAUCGGCAGUGAGCCAUCGAAAAAGCGCAAGCGCCGGACCUCUUUCACGCCACAGGCCCUGGAGAUCCUUAACAGCCACUUCGAGAAGAACACACACCCCUCGGGCCAGGAAAUGACUGAGAUCGCUGAGAAACUGAACUACGACCGUGAGGUGGUGCGCGUCUGGUUCUGCAAUAAAAGGCAGGCGCUUAAAAACACAAUAAAGAGGCUGAAGCAGCCGGAGCUUGGGGCUGUCGCACCUAUGGACCCUCUGGCUGAUCCUUUGGAAGAACAUCCUUAGAUCAGAUGGACUCAAGUGAGAAAAACUGGACCCACUUACCAAUGAUUCACUUGACUGGACACUAAAAACCUGGAUGUGUCUGACACUGUACUAUGAUGGACCUCCAACAAUUAUAGAAAUGUUAAUAGAAGUGUUGUAAUGACAAUGAAGUGAAGAGACCAAAAAAAGUCUAAAUGCUUACAGGUUCUGGGUCCUCAUCCAGGACAAAGCAGAGAAUUUUCACUAGGUCACAUCUAAAUCAAGGACAGCUAUAAAACUACAACCAAAGUCUGAUGUGUCUGAUUCCUGAAGGGUUUUUGUUUUGUUUUUUGUAAAUGUGUUCUAAAUUUUUACAUUUGUACUGACCAAAAGGAGAAAAAAGUUAUAUGUGUAGGGGCAUUGGGGUGGUGGGAGGGUGUAACAUUAUCUUUGUCUCACUUGCUCACUUGGGUUUAUAUGUAAAUAUUAUGCUAAUUUUGUCUUCAAAUUGAAAUCACAAACUCUUUGGAAACUUUGUCUCAGAGAUGACCACAUCAUAUAUCUGUGGUCCUUUCUUUAGUCUCCUCACUCCUGUUUGUAAAAGUAUCAUUUAAAAGAUUUGUUUUUAUCUCUGGAAGAAUGGGUUAUAUGUCAAAGGUGGUCGAUAUGGCAGAACCCACAUUGUUGCAGCUGUGACUUAAACUACAGUAUGUCAUUGUAUUGCCAAAGCCUUCUAGCCAAAGAACAUCAUUCUUCAGCCCAAGGACAUGGGCUGUAGCCCAAGGACUAUAAAUGGGCAAAAACUUUUUUUUCUUUCUUUUUCUGUGAUGAAAUUUUUCUGUGUUUUGUCCCAACAAUGGCUUCAGGUCUGCAUGAUUUGCAGCACACAACCGAUGUGUGGAAAUUAAAUGAGAUCAUUUCUAAGAUUGAUCAUUUUCGUGCAUGUUUUUGUUAACUUUAUAAUUCGCUAGGUUUGUUGUAACUUUGUGUGUCAGACAAAAGAAAUGAUCAAAAUAUACAAAUCUACCAAAAUGAACAACCAGCCCUCUUACAAAAUUGAUAAGAAUUCUAAAUAUCGGGAUCAUUUGUUUGAUUUUAUACAAAUGAAGCUGUACUCUAACCUAACCAUGCAUGUGUUUUUUAUGAGUUGGUUUUUAGAAAUUCUUAUGACUUUGCAGUUGAUUGAAAUGGCACCAUUGCAAACAUUGGUUGAGCUUCAGAACAGGAAGUACUACAACCCAAGUACAAUAUUUACAUUACCUAAAGUUUGUUUUUCUUCUAUUUUGUUGUUACAUGAUGGAAUAUUAUAUCUUCAGCACAGUCGUUAAGUUUUUUUUCUGCUUGAUAAACACAAAAUAAAUCAGAUAUAUUUAAUAAAAUCACAAUUUUAAAUGGCAA